GGCGUACUGGUUGUGUGCUAAGCGUGGCUGUAACGCUUGGAAUUGGUGUGACAAGCGGUGGACGUGCAAGGCGUGCGGCACCAGUGCUCCCCCAUUGACGAAGGAGUACCGCUCCGACAAGGUUUCCCCUCGGGUGGACGCCGACGGGUUCGUGCAGCAGCCCAGGGGAAGAGCCGAGCAGCGCGCUGCGAGGCGCUCGGCCUCCCAGCGGGCCCUCUCAGGGAGCACCGCACCCAGCAGCGCCCCCAACAGCAGGGCACGGCGUGCGCGGCCCUGGGGAGAGGCCAAGUCUCAGUACGAAGAGCUCCAGGCGCAGCUCGAGGCGGCCAAGGAGCGUGUCGACAGGCUCCAGGUGGCCGCGGCGCUCGGGCUCUCGGAGGACUUCCAGCGCGAAGCGGAGCAGGCCCUCCAGCAGGGCAAGGACCAGGUCGCCGCCCUCGAGCGGUCCGUCCAGGAGGCCCAGCGGACGGAGCGCCCGCCCCACUCGGUUUUCCACAUCGAGGCCAACGCCAUCCAGAAGGUCGAGCGUCAGCUGGCCACAGCACGUACCAAGAGAGAGAAGCUCCAGCUGCAGGCGUCCGAGCUGCGUGAGCUCAUCGCGGAGAAGCAGGAGCUGCUUUCGGCGGCCGAGUUGGGAGUCGAUGAGGUCACGGGGCAGAUUGCUGAGCUGGAAGAGACCAGAGCCAAGGUCACGCAGCAGGCGAUCCAGAGGGCCAACGCGGCAGUCGGUGGCGUGGCGAGCCCGCUGGGGGACGCCGUCCAGGGGCUGCUCACUCAGGUUGGGGCCCUGUCGGACCUCCUCAAGCAGCACGGUGCAGAGCUGCCCCCCAGGUUCUCGGAGAUCGUCGAGAUUCUCAACACGCAGAAGGAAGCGGUCGCUGAUGUGCUCAGGCCCCGCAGCAGCUCGGCCAGGAAGCGCUGGGGCGACAGCGUCGGCGACGACGGCCUCGCGUCUGAGGACGAUGACAUGCCGCUCGACAUCGUGUCCUCAGGUGGGCCCGUGGCCGCCCCCCCCGCUGGCGCCCCGCAGGCAGGGCCGACCGCGGCUGGGCCUCCAGCCCCACGGGCCAGGCCAGCGGACGGACCCUACGGGCCCGCAGCGGCCCGUGGCCAGCACGGAGCGACCCUGGGUGCGUGGCCCCAGGUGGAGCCCUGCCUCGCCAAGGCCCUCGCUGAGCAAGGGGCGGCCAUCUCGGACGGCGACCCCUUGGUGGCUGCGGCUGCUGUCGUGGCUCCUGCUGCUGGGCACGGGGGCUUGGCGGGCUUGGAGUCUGGCGCUGAAGAGCGCGCUGCUCGCGAGGCUGCCGUCAUCGGCAAGGCGCAGCUGGUUGACAGGGCAGGAGGCCAGCAGCUCCGAGCUGGCCUCGUCUUGCUCGGCUGCAAUGGCAAUACUUGGAGCAGGAGCAUUGAGGUCAUUGAAGCCUUCUUCAAGGCGUACGACUACUGGCCCGACGUUGUGGCGCUCCAGGAGACGAGGCUCCCGCAUGGGCGCCUGCCCAGUGCGGCGGCUCAGGCCCGCGGCCUGGGGUACGCGGCCUUCCUCCACGAGGCAGCGUUGACGGAGAAGCAGGGGCCUCAGGCGACCUCAGGCGGCGUGGCGAUCCUGGUGCGGGACGGCUUGCAGGCCGACGAGUCUGCGUACCCGCUGCCCUCGGCAUUGCGGCACCGCCUCAUCGGAGUGGAGGUGGCCGCCGCUUCGGGCCUUCGGCUCCUGGUGCUCGCUGGUUAUUUUCAACACUCUCUGGGCCCUCGAGGCACCAACCUGGACAUGUUUUCGGCCAUCUCGGAGGUGACGGGCUCCUCGGCCGACAUCCCGUGGGUCCUCCAAGCGGACUUCAACAUGGAGCCCGAGCCCCUGGAGGAGUUGGGGUGGCCGGCGGCGGUGCGGGGGCACGUCCUGGGGCCCUCGGAGGCGACGUGCCAUGCCGAGGGCUGUGACCACCUCUACGACUGGUUUGUGGCUUCUGCGGCGCUGGCAGCCUGCACGGCCUCCUGCGCCACCACGCUCGAGGGCUUCGGUCUGCACCCCCAUCGCCCUGUCCUACUUCGCCUACAGGAUGUUCGGGCGGAUGCGUUGGUGGAGGUUCCGUCCAGGCCCGCCCGCUUCCCCGAAGUUGCCCCUGAGCGCCUUCGGGCGCACGAGGACGCGGAGAUUGUGUGCUACUCGGUUGGCAAGAAGGGACAAGUCACGCCCAGGGAUGUCUCGUGGUCCUGGGACGCAGGCUCUGCCCCGACCAACCUCUCCGUCGCCUUCAGCGAGUGGGCGGCAGCUGCCGAAGGCACCCUGGUCGGCAUCCACGGCAUCGGCCAGGCAGACUUGGCCCGUCAUCUCGGCAGAGGAGAGGGGCCCAGGCUGACCCUCAAGCCUCUCAGCGCCCUUGUCAGGCGGGAUGCCAGGUUCAGGUUCAGCCUCCUCACGCACCGCUUAAGAAGUUGCCUUGACGUGGCCCUCCAGCGGGUGCGCGCGGAGAGUUCUGGCCGAUGGCACCCUCGGCAUGCGGACUGGUACGGGCACCAGGCCGAGCUCAGGGCGCAGCUCUUGCUGGAGGCGGUGCAGGAGGCGGACGACUCGGUCGGUCAGGCUCUCCCUGGCGCUGCUCCUGAUCGGCUGGGCGACCUGGUGUUCCAGGCGGGCGUCCUCGGCAGCCCUGAUGCAGUUCGGGACCUCCAAGGGCUGCUCAGUGCAUCGCAGCGCCGCGACGCGGCUCAAAGCGCCCAGGCCUGGCGCAACUGGGCCCAGACAGCGGUCGAGAAGGGCGGUCGCCUGGCCCACCGCUUCUCGAAGGCGACGCCCCCGCCGACGGUCAGGGACGCUGACUCGGGCAGGAGGCUUGUUGGGAUGGCAGCGAUUGGAGAGCUCACGAGGGUCUGGCAGAAGCUGUGGCUCCAGGACGGGUUUGCCUUGGGCGCAGGGGCCAGCAGCUGGGACGUCGGCGAGUGGCGGCUGCCCCCCAUCUCGCUGGAGCAGCUCCAGGCAGCCUGCAAACGCUACAGCCCCUCGGUGGGCCUCGGGAAUGUCGUCGACGACAUCUCGCUCCAGGCGGUCGGCACGGCCCGACUCGUGAAGCAGCAGAUGGUGGCCGCCAGUUGUGAAGUGGUCCGCCAGCUGCGUGAGCAGCACCUCCCACUCAACGAGAGUAAGUCGGUCUUCCUGGCCUCGUCGCCGCAGCUCGCCAAGGAGCUCUCCGAGGCUUGGGCGGUACAUGGCUUGACCUUCAAGAGGGGACUUCAGGCGAGGAACCUCGGCACCGACGCCAACAUCACUCGUCGUGGAGUGCAUGAAGGAGCUGUGCGUGCGGUCGGCGGCCUUCGCCGAGGACGCAGGCUAGGGGUGCUUCGCUCAGCUGGCGCGGCGACCGAGAUGGUCCACCGUGCUGGGCCCACCGCGGCGAUGCUGUGGGGGCGCACUGUGACUGGUGUACCUGAUAGGGAGCUUCAUUCGUGGCGCUUGGCGGCGGCGCGCUCGGCUGGGAAGUUCCCUAAGGGCGCCUCGCUCGGGCUGAGACUCAGAGUGGUGGAGGUCAUGAAGUCCAUCGACCUCGACCCGAGCCCCGCGCUGCUUCGUGCCGCGGUGCAGAUGGCGGCCAGUCUCCUCCAGUCGGGGGAGGUCCCGCUGCGUAUGUUCGAGACGGCCUUGCAGGAGGCAGUGCAGAGGCACGCGGGAGCAGCAGCCCCAUGGGCGCACUGCCGCACGCCUGUGGAUGCCCUGGCCCUCUCGCUCACCAGGGUGGGCUGGAGGCUCGUUCAAGGCACCCGCCUCGCCACCGACGACGGCCAUAUCCUGGACCUGCGCAUGAUGGGGCCGCGCGAGCUGGGCCUGCUGGCUGCGGCAGGGGCGCGGCGUGCGUCGGACAAGUCGGAGCUGGCCCGCCUCGGCCACGGUGCGCUCCCUCAGUCGCCCCUGUUCUGGGAGGCCUUCGCGGAGGUCCUCGGGCCUGGCAGCAAGCUCAGCCCCAGGGAGAAGGCGGCGGUGGUGAGUUUCCUUUCCAACGCCCACUGGCCCCAGACCCGUCUGCACUCGGCGGGAGAGAGGGAGCACGCUCGCUGCUGUGCCUGUGAGGCCCCCCGCGGCAGCCUCUGGCACAGGCUGUUCGAGUGUCCUGUCCUUGCGGGGCCGAGGUCGGAUGCCAUGGCAGUCAUGUGGUGCAAUCGCCCCGCUGACGGUCUCCUCGGGGGGCGGCUCUACCUGGAUGGGUCGGCGCUCGACCCCGAGCACGAGAGCCUGCGGCGUGCGGGCUGGAGCAUCGUGCAGUGCGACUCCGACGGCAACAUGGAGUGCGCGGUGUACGGCAGCGUGCGCCAGGACCUCUGCCCUUUCCAGACGGCGAAGGACGGCGAGGAUUUCGCGGUCUGGAUGCUGUCUCGCUUCCUGGGCCCGAGCGUUGACGAGAUCCUCAUUGAUUGUGCGUCCACGGUCAGCUGCCUCACGUUGGGCAAGAAGUACGCGACGGCAGCCAACAAGCCCAACGCCCAUCUCUGGGAGGGGAUCUACGCUUCGCUGGACGUGGACACGCUCAAGGUGACCAAAGUGGCAGCCCACUGCACCGCCAGAGACGUGAUGGAUGGCAAGAUCACGGAGGCGGACCUCCGUGGCAACGGACAUGCAGACCGCUGGGCCAAGGCGGGGGCGGAGCUGCACCGUACCAGCCCUGUGGCCAGGCGCGAAUUCUUUGGCACGAUGGAGGUGGUGAGGGAGCUCUCGUGCUGGGUGGCGCAAGCCUCCCUCAUCUGGCAGGGGAUCGAGGUCAAGGACUGCGAGGGCCUCCCCGAGGGCAGCGAGCGGACGGCCGUCUCCUUCGCAGUGCCAGUGGUGGAGCCCGCCAGCAGCCGCCCGUCCGACUCGGGUUCGGGCGACGGGUGGGCCUCGGCGGCACGAGCUGGUGGCGUCUCCCUCGGUGCGACGGCCUUCGUCGUCGCCGGCCACGUCCUGGCCUACGCCAAGUGCGGGGGGGGCGCCGCCGAGCAGGAGCUGAUGGCGUGCACCCACUGCGGGGCGUACGCGCGGCUGGGCGGGCGCUCAGGCGCGGCGCCCAAGCUCAAGGAGCAGUGCCCAGGGUCUGCUGGACUUCCCAAGGGCAGGCGAGACCAGAAGGCGCGCUGGCUGCAGGGGCGGCACCCUGCUGGCACGCCCCACAGCGGCAGCAAGCGGGUCGGAGUGUCUGUGCCCAGCUUGCGCAAGGAGGACGUGGUGCCGAUGGCCGCUAGGGUGCGCUUCCUGCAGUGGCUGGGUGUCCGCCCCGAGGAUGCACCUGGCGGCGUGGCCGCCGACGCCUGCCGCGGGCCCCCCAGCGGCGCGGCGGCCGCAGGUGAGGCGGAGGCUGAGCCUUUGGCGCCUGACCCCUCGGGGGCCUCGAGGGAGGCUUGGCUUAGCGCCUACGGGCUAGACGAGGCGAGCCUCCUCGAGUGGUCAGCCGCGGCAGAGACGGCGCGCGAGGACAG